AUGAAGGAGAAGACACACCUGAAGGCCAACCGGCCGAGGAUGCCGGCGUUGGUGAAACGAGAAAUGAACAACGAGGAGGGAGAGGACGAGGACACGAGCAGAAUGAACUACAAGGGAUUUGAUAAGGCAAAGUUGCAGUCUUCGAGGAAAGCUGCGAGGAAAGAGAAGAGGAUGGCGAAGAAACAGAAUAAACAGCAGCACCAGCAAACGCAUGCUGCUGAAGUUCAGAAACUCCGCAGACUGAAGGAGGAGAACGAGCGCCUUCGAAAGCAGCUGCUGAAUCAGAGUCAAGGAAACAAGCAGCAGCAGCAACAACAACAACAGCAACAACAGCAGAAGCAGAACCAGAACAAGAACAAGAACAAGAACAAGAACAAGAACAAGAACAAGAACAAGUACAAGAAGCGCGAUCGAGAUACUGGAGAUGAACAGGAAAGCGAACAGCCGAGAGCUAAGGCAGCGAAGCUCGACAAGAAGAUGCCGCCAGGAGAAGAAUCUGCUGACGAGACGGCAGAAGCAUCCGAUACAAACUCACACGAUGAGACGGGAGAACAGACGGCAAGUCGAUCAGGGCAGGGGGAGCAGGCGGCACCAGAGGCCGUCUCCAAGUACAUCCCCCCACACCUCCGCAAGCAAACCACCGAUGAACCUGACGCAAAGCUCAAGUCAGCAGUGAAGAGCUGUCUCAACAAGGUCUCAGAGCUUAACAUCUCCUCCAUCACAGACGAGAUGGAGAGAAUCUACAACAGCCACCCACGUGUGAAUGUGGAUAAACAUAUGGCCAACAUCAUUGUGGAGCUCGCCGGGGAAGGGUCAGGCCGCAUCAUCGGUCAGUUUGCCGCUCUCUAUGCGGUCCUGGUAGCUGCACUGCAUGCGAGCAUAGGAUCAAGCGUGGGAGCAAGAUUCAUCGACAGGAUAAUCCGAGAGAUUGAUGCUUGCAUCGCGGACAACAACAACCUAGUCGGAACCAACCUCACCCUCCUCUUUGGCCAUCUCUACGUCUUCAAGAUCAUCUCCUGCUCCCUCGUCUACGAUCUGGUCAGGGUACUGCUUGCUCGGGUCGAGGAGAACAACCUCGAGCUCCUCCUCAGCCUCUUGCGCGUCACUGGGAGCCACCUCAGGACCGACGACCCCGCGGCGCUGCGUGACAUCAUUCAGAGCGUUAGGAGCAAGGUCUCCGAGAGCGGAGGAGCGACGAACUUACCUCCCCGCGCGAGGUUCCUCCUCGACUUCAUCUACGACCUGCAGAACAACAAGCACAAGAGAGGCUCGGGAGCUGCCGCAGUUGCGGAGGAGGAGGUGGGACGGCUGAAGAAAUGGCUCCGAACGUUCACUUCCUCUCGCGCCUCAGGCCUCGGGAACGUACAACAGCUCCGUCCUGCCUGGGAGGACAUCGUGAAAGGGAGACUACGAGGCCCCUGGUGGGAGCAGGGCGUGCGCUUAGAGCCGAUCCUCAUGACGAAACUGUCGUCCUCAACGUCAGGGCAAGGUGGGAAGGCGGAAGGAAAGGAGGAGGAGGCGUUCUCCAAGACCAAGGAGAAGCUGCUGAAGCUCGCGUCCUCACAGCAGAUGGGCAGCGACCUGCGCAAGUCGAUCUUCAUCAUCAUGAUGGAGGCCGAGGACUUCAUGGACGCUUGCGAGAAGCUACUCAGGCUGGGGCUGAAGGAGGUGCAGGCGCGAGAGAUCGUGAGGGUAGCCUUCCACUGCUGCGGGCAGGAGCAGGGGUGGAAUCCUUUCUACGCGCUCCUCCUCUCCCAGCUCUGCAAGAUCGACAAGCACCAUCAGUUCACCCUCCGCCUCUGCUUCUGGGACGCCUUCAAGGAGAUGGAUGGAUGGAUGGAGGACGGGAAGGGGAAGAACAAGAUCGGCAACCUGGGCAAGCUGCUAGCACACACUUGGAGCAGCUCAGCGCUCAGAGCUCUUCUUGCCGAGAGCAGCCCGAAGACCCUCAAGGGGCUAGUCGAGAAGAUAGCAAGUGACGACAAGGAGAUGAAGGAGCUGCGUGCAGGCAUCCUCUGGUUCUUCUUCCAGUUCAUGGGGGCGAAACGAGAGGACAAGGCUCGCGGCUUCGCUGCGUCCAAGGACCUUCCUGAUGAGCUGCUCGUAACCAAGGAGGUGGACAAGAAGUCUGUCUUGCGGGCCCGUGUGCAAGAUAUGGUCGGUUUGCUGCAGCGAUCGGGGGCUCGUUAG